CCUUUUCGCGGGAUUCUUUCUCAAAACAACUGACAAGUGAGGAUCGUUGGCUUCAAUGGCGGCCUCUCGCCUGAAUCUUCAACUGAUAUUUCUUCCCUCCAAUUCUGCUCGGAGAACUGUAACCGUCGCUGCCAGUACCGAGUCUCAUUUCAAGUUUCAUUUCCCUUCAACAUCGCGUAGAAUUACUCGAUAUCGCGGCUUGGAAUUCCGGCGACAGGCAUUUAGUUCGCCAACCUGCGAAGAGACGAAAUAUGAAGAGAAUUUCUCGAAUAAUUCGCGGAAUCCGUUUGAAUUUCUGCUGUCGAUUCUGCCCGGAGGCAGUUGGUGGAGACUGCCGGAUUACGAAGAAGGCAGCCCGGCGGCGAAUGAAGUUACCGUGUUGGCUGCGCUUCAGAGAAUGUGGGAGCUUCUAGGGAAGGAGCAAUGGAUUGUUGUCGUUGCCUUCGGAGCUUUGGUCACUGCUGCUGCAUCCGAGAUAACAAUGCCGAGUAUCUUGGCAUCUUCCAUCUUCUCUGCACAGCAUGGAGAUAAGACGGUCUUCUACAGUAAAUCACGUUUCUUGCUUGUUUUGUGCUUCACUUCAGGAAUAAGCAGUGGCUUGCGAAGUGGCCUUUUUGCAAUGGCAAAUGUUAUCCUGGUCAAACGCCUCAGACAAGCUCUAUAUUCAGCUCUAAUAUUCCAGGACAUGCCAUUUUUCGAUAGAGAGAAAGUUGGUGGAUUGACAAGCAGGCUAGGGGCAGAUUGUCAACAGCUUUCUAAUGUCAUUGGGAAUAAUAUCCACUUGAUAGUUCGCAAUACAUUUCAGGGGGUAGGUGCAUUGAUCAAUUUGCUGAUUCUAGCUUGGCCUCUUGCAUUGUCAUCAAUUAUCACAUGUUUAGUUCUCGCCACUAUCUUUCUACUUUAUGGCCGGUACCAGAAGGAAGCUGCCAAGCUAACUCAAGAUCUCGCUUCCUCUGCCAGUAAGGCAGCAGACGAAACCCUGUCUUCAAUUCGAACUAUUCGAGUCUACGGAACAGAAUGCGAAGAACUAGGAAGGUACAGGCAUUGGCUGGAAAAGUUAGCUUCUCUAAGUCUAAGAGAAAGUGUGGCUUAUGGAUUCUGGAAUAUGAGUUUCAGCACCCUUUUCCGUGCAACACAGGUGUUUGCACUGAUGUUGGGAGGGAUGUCCAUUAUGGCUGGCCGUGUUUCAACUGAGCAACUAACCAAGUAUGUGUUGUAUUGCGAGUGGUUGAUAUAUGCAACUUGGAGGGUUGUAGAUAAUACUACCGCAUUGUUACGGGCGGUUGGAUCAAGUGAAAGAGUGUUCCAUUUGAUGCAACUAUCACAAAGUGACCAAUUGGAGUCCAAAGGGAAAAGAUUGGAAAGGCUGAUUGGACAAGUCCAGUUUGUUGAUGUCUCCUUCGUCUAUCCUUCAAGGCCAACAAUACCAAUUUUGGAAAAUUUCCACCUCUCGGUAAAAGCUAAUGAAGUCAUUGCAUUGGUUGGACCAAGUGGUAGCGGAAAAACCACUCUGGUCAAUCUCUUGCUUCGUCUCUAUGAACCAAGUAACGGUCAGAUCUGCAUUGAUGAGUUUCCACUCACCGAACUGGACAUCAGAUGGCUUAGAGAAAACAUUGGAUAUGUUGGACAGGAGCCAAAGCUUUUCCACAUGGAUGUGAAGUCAAACAUCACAUAUGGUAGCUGCGGUCGGGAAAUUAAAGAAGAAGAAGUCGAACGGGCUGCUAAGCUUGCGUGUGCCCAUGACUUCAUUCUGUCUCUUCCAAAUGGUUAUGAGACCAUGGUGAAUGACAAUAGCCUGAGUGGGGGACAGAAGCAGCGCAUUGCCAUUGCCAGGGCUAUUAUCAGGAAGCCUUCCAUUCUCAUCCUGGAUGAAGCCACCAGUGCUUUAGACUCACAAACCGAAAAUUUCGUGAAAGGAAUCGUUGAUGCAUGUAAAAAUGACGGAGUUAUGUCGGAAACAACAGUAAUUGUGAUAGCACACAGGCUUUCUACAGUGGAAUCUGCAGACAGGAUUGUUGUGAUGGAUGAUGGUCGAAUCGUAGAGAUGGGUGGCCACAAGGAACUCCUGCUGAAGAAUGGCACAUACUCUCGCCUUGUGAAAUUACAGUCCUGCUUCAUCACUUGAUCGCUUCCAUCACUUCAUCACUAAUCCUAAUUUUAAUCAUUGGCCAAACCGAUCGAUACUCAAUCAAAGAUCAAUCCAUAUAAUUAGAGGUUAGCUCAUAUGCCUUCCUUUUCUGUUUCCUGAUUAAAUGUGAUUAGUUGAUGGCGUAUAAAGCGAUCCUACUAUCAGUAUCUAGUCGAUAUCAGAGCUCGACUAGGUGGCUCAAUGGAGAAAACUGCAGGUUUAGGAAGCCCUUGUCACUGCUCCAAACAGCAAGCAAUCUUUGGACGAUGUUCCUAUGCUGUUGGUCUCGGUGCUUUUCUUUUGGCCAGGAAAUGUUUUUAUGUAUAACAUUUUCUAAUUCUCCUUCCACUUGUUUUGAUUAAUCACAUAUAUUUAUGUUCUCUAUUUUAAUGUGUAUGUUUUUUCCCUAUUUCUUUUGUACAUUUUGGUACAAUUUUCUGCAUUUUCGCUUUUAUUUAUGGGUCCUUAUUCCUUAUUCACAUUUCAGACAGUAUAUCGCAAG